AUGACCGGCAACGAGCGCAACGAGCCCCAAUGGGUGGCACCCUCAUCGACUCAGGUACAAGCACAAGUGCGUGGUAUUUCUCUCUGAGUUACUUAGUUUUGUACAGUUUCUGUCAGUAGCACUGUUCGGUCAUCUUUUCGGCACAAGAGGUUGUGGUUUUAGUAAAUUAAAUGCAGGGAAUUUCCCUUCAGUGUAACCAAUUCACAGACUCUUCGACAAUUUUCAGCACUGACAGUUGCUUUGAAGUACUAUUAGAGUCGUUUCGUCUCUCCUUCUGGUCCCCAAUCUAAUUUUUUUCAGGACGUUCCUCCAGACUAUGAGACCAUUGGGACUCUUUUCGGAUACGCGUUGCUGGCCUUGUCCUGGUUGUUAAUAGUAGUUACAUUCCCCUUCUCGAUGUGCCUCUGUUUGAAAGUAAUCAAGGAAUACGAGAGAGUGGUCAUCUUCCGGAUUGGUCGUCUUGUCUUUGGCGGUGCCCGAGGGCCAGGCAUGAUCUUCGUCAUUCCGUGUGUGGAUACAUACAGGAAAAUUGAUCUCAGGUACAAUACUUCUCUUAUCAAAAACGCUUGUUUAAGGGUGGUGUCAUAUGCCGUUCCACCUCAAGAAAUCCUUUCGAAAGACUCGGUAACUGUGAGUGUAGACGCCGUCGUAUAUUUCCGUACCUCUGACCCCAUCGCGUCCGUCAAUAACGUUGAUGAUGCCAUCUAUUCUACCAAACUCUUAGCUCAGACUACCUUGCGUAACGCCCUGGGUAUGAAGACUUUAACGGAGAUGUUAACGGAAAGAGAAGCCAUAGCCCAACUUUGCGAGACCAUUCUCGAUGAAGGAACGGAGCAUUGGGGUGUGAAAGUGGAGAGGGUCGAGGUGAAGGAUAUCAGGUUGCCCCAACAGUUAACCCGCGCGAUGGCGGCCGAAGCCGAGGCCGCGAGAGAAGCCAGAGCCAAGGUCGUGGCUGCCGAAGGAGAACAAAAGGCUUCGAGGGCCUUGAAGGAAGCCGCUGAUGUUAUCCAAGUCAGUUUUUUUUAUCAUGUCUUUGAAUACUAAGGUCUCUUAUAAUUGGCAAGCAAACUGUCAUUCCCAUUCAUCGUUUGUUUACUAACUCAAUUGUUUCAGGCCAAUCCCGUCGCCCUCCAACUACGUCAUCUUCAAGCCCUCAACAGCAUCGCGUAAGUUUAUUUCUCUUUGGUUUUAUAUUCCCAUUCAAAUAAAGCCUCGGGCUAGAUGCCGUUCUUAUCCAAAUAAAUGGCCUAAAGCGUUUUAUGAGAAGCAACGUAUAAAUAAUCGUUUCAGAGCUGAACACAACUCGACGAUUGUGUUCCCGGUGCCAGUCGAGAUGUUCGGAGCUUUUAUGAAGAAGGAUGAAUAA